AUGGGGAUCGCGUACUCUCGCUCGUCGGACAGCAGCAGCGAAGAGGGUGCAUCGUCGACGUUCACCGCUGCUGCGUCCGCGCCAUCGUUGUCCAGUGCUUCGCUGUCGCUACCGCCCUCAAUAGCCGAUCCGGAACUGCAAUGUCCGCCGCUCCCUGAAAGUCUACCUCCGUUACCAGUUAAUAAAACUCCGAGAGUGACUGCCAGCGUGGAUGUUCAUACCCCAGAUGCGUGGAUAAUGAGGAACCCUGCCCUACUACGACUCACGGGGAAACAUCCACUGAAUUGCGAACCACCUCUUUCGUCGCUAUUUGAUGCAGGCUUUAUCACACCCGCCCAUCUCCACUUCGUACGCAACCACGGCGCAGUACCGACCUUUGACGAAGUUAAGCUGCGGGACUGGAAGAUUCACAUUCACGGGCUCGUGCGCACGGAGUGCAUGCUCUCGCUGCAAGACCUCCGUGAGAGGUUUCAGGUUGUGACUCUUCCUGUAACGCUCGUCUGUGCAGGAAACCGGCGCAAAGAGCAGAAUGUCGUCCGCAAGAGCCUCGGGUUUAGCUGGGGCGCUGCGGGAGUCUCGACUGCGCUAUGGACGGGCGUGUAUCUGGCGGAUGUUCUCGAGUACGUGCAACCCAUUCGACCUCAGGCAAGGCAUGUUAUUUUCGAGGGCGGGGAUACUACUCUUCCGAAUGGGCCGUACGGAACCUCCCAGAGGCUGAGCUGGGCCGCGAACAAGGAAAGAGGGAUGUUAAUAGCUUGGGCUAUGAACGGUCUUCCUCUCGAGCCUGAUCAUGGAUUUCCUGUGCGGAUGAUUAUCCCUGGGCAAAUUGGUGGGCGUUCAGUAAAGUGGUUGACCAAGAUCGAGAUUUCCGCUGAGGAGAGCCAACAUCAUCUGCAUAUUUUCGAUAAUAGGGUUCUCCCUAUGCAGUUGUCUCCCGAACAAGCCAGAGCAGAGAAGGACUGGUGGUAUGAUCCAAGAUACCUCAUAUCAGAGCUCAAUGUCAAUAGUGCGAUUGUGCAUCCUGGUCAUGACGAGACGCUAGAUAUCCAGUCCCAUGGGCUGCAGGAGCUGCGCAUGUAUACCAUUCGCGGAUAUGCCUAUGCAGGCGGUGGGAGGCGCGUCACCCGCGUGGAGAUCAGUCUGGACGACGGCCACUCGUGGCGUCUAGCGGAAAUCGAAUAUCCAGAAGACCUUUACCGCAGCAUCAUUUAUUCUGACGAGAUCUAUGGAAAACUCGAUCUUACCGAGAGAGAUACGUGUUUCUGCUGGUGCUUCUGGUCUUUCGACGUCCCUGUAGCAAACCUCGCGAGCUCAAGUUCCAUUGCCGUGCGCGCGAUGGACGAGGCCACGCAAGUUCAGCAACGGGACAUGUACUUGAAUGCUACUGGCAUGAUGAACAACUGGUGGUUCCGCGUCGCCAUCGUCAAGACAGACACAGGGCUCAGGUUCGAACAUCCUGCGCCUGUUGGCACUGAAUCCCUAGGCUGGAUGGAGCGUAUCAAAGCUACUGGUGGAAAUGUUCUGAGUCCAAACUUCAAUGCCACGCAGCCGGUUCUCCAACCUUUGCCGCUUGCCGACGUCGGCUCUCCCACUGAAGUCCAGAUGACUAACCCUGAAAUUACCAGACAAAUCACCUGGGCAGAAGUGAGGGCUCAGGAUCGCGAGAGGCCGUGGUUCGUCAUCAAGGGUCAGGUAUAUGAUGGUACCCCGUAUCUAAACGAACAUCCUGGCGGCGCAGACUCUAUCCUGUUAGUUGCAGGCGAAGACGCAACGGAGGACUUCAUGGCAAUACACUCUGCAGAUGCGCGGAGUAAACUCAAACAGUUCCAUAUUGGCACUCUGGUUGAUGCAGUCUCCGAGUUGUCCAAGGUCGACGCACAAGCUGAUGCCAGUAGUCCUUUCCUGAAGCCAAAAUCGUGGAAAACUGUAAAGCUGAUAGAGGUGGAGAAAGUUAACCACGAUACCUGCAUGUUUCGAUUCGCGCUCCACAAUUCUCAGCAGUCGCUCGGUCUUCCUGUUGGUCAGCACGUGUUCGUUCGCCUGAAGCGUAAGGAUACUGGUGAGGUCGUACAGCGAGCAUAUACGCCUAUUUCACUCCAGGGCGUCGUUGGAAUGGUCGAACUCUUGGUCAAAAUAUAUCUACCAUGCGCGCUGUUUCCGACAGGUGGGAAGAUGUCGAUAGGAUUUCACGCUCUCCGUAUUGGCGAUACGAUCGACCUGAAAGGACCUCUGGGCUCAUUCACCUGGCAAGGCCUCGGCACGGCUCUGUACAGGAGCACCUGCAGAAAUAUCAAAGAAAUCGGUAUGGUCUGCGGCGGGAGCGGCAUUACUCCAAUCCUCCAAGUCCUACGAAGCAUUCUGCACGAUCCCGAUGACUCAGGGACGCGUAUAUGGCUCCUAUAUGCUAAUCGGACGGAGGCGGACAUCCUUUGCAGAGAGGAGCUGGAUGCGUUGCACACCAUGCAUGGCGCGUCCCGCUUCUCUCUCCAUUACACGCUUACUGUGCCGCCUGAUUCUUGGAUGCACAGUACAGGGCGCAUCACAGACGACAUGCUCGCCGCAUACUUGCCUCCUCCAUCCCCCGAUGGACUGAUCCUUUCUUGCGGACCGACCGGGAUGAUAAGGGAUGUGGUCAAGCCUGGACUGCAGCGGUAUGGGUGGGACAUAGAGCAUUCGUUGGUCGUUUUCUGA